CUUUUCCCAAAAAACGGAACACUGCUUAUAAUAAUUCCUCCUUUAAAGUCGGCCGCAGGUUCAGCUGACAGACCGGGAUCACAGCCCUCUAUGCCCCCAUUACAGGACAAAAGAGACUGGGACAGAGAGAGGUCAGUGCAGUGAGUAUACAGACCCCACAACCUGGUAGGAAUCCUGGGUGAACACUGCUGCUUACAUUCCUCUCAUGAGAUUUUUUCACUGCACAGGCUGCAUAUCUUAUAACAUGUUAAUCAGACAUACAGACAAUGAGAAAGCAAUCAGGGAUUCAAUAAUUAAGACAUUUCGAACAUUAAUUCUGGAUUUUCUCCAGGAAUUGUAAUCGUCAAUCGGUCCUUACAUUUACUGUUUAUCACUACUGCUUCAUUUACUCCUAGUAUCAUCAGAUACCUGGCAGAUUUAAAGGGGUCGAUCUACUUAAGAUACUUUUCUAAAUUAGAAAAUGCUUUUCAUUCUAAAAAGGAACCCAACAACAUAUAUGAGGAAGAAGUUUUUUUUCCAAAUAACAUAUAUGUGGGAAAUAAGCAUGUAAGUAUUUUCCCGAGGAAGAAUUUCCCUCUGGUUGAAUGAAUAUAUCUUACCUUCCCGUACAUUCCAGAAAAUCAUCAAUAGUCAAGGAGUCUGACUUGCUGCAGCAGUAUCUUUUGGUCCGCGUAUUAACUAAAUCAGACAGGACUACGCUUAAAUCUGUAAUUAUACAUAAGAGCCGUGCAGGUUUAAAACAUUAGUCCUAAUUUGUCUUAUUCCUCUUAACACCGAUGACCCGAUUCGGCCACGCCGUGUCCGGCUGGCAUACGCAUUUGCUGGAUGGGAGUUGCCAUGGUUUCCGGGGUCACAUGCGUGCCGCUGUCGUAGCCCGCAGAAAAAGAUGCUACACUUUCCAGAGCCAUUUCCACUGAGCCAGAAGGCAGCACUCACUUACCGAUAGAUAUCCGCCAAUGGAGAAUCUACUGUAAUGCUGCAUAGUCUGUGUUAUUUUACAGCUCAGAAAUCGCCACAAAUCAGUGCUCAGAAAUUUUUGGUCGGGAAGCAUUUAGACGACGAUAAACCACGAAAAGCCGCAUUUUGAUUUCUGAUUUCUCCUGCGACUGCCGACAGGAAUGAGUAUUGAAAUCCCCGAAGGACUGACGGAGCUCUUGCAAAGCUUUACCCUGGAGGUGCUGAGGAAGCAGCCCGCAGAUCUGCUAGAGUUCGCGCUGCAGUAUUUCACUCAGUUAAGGGAAAGGGAUAUCAAAAGGGGCGCUUUCGGUAAUGACAACAAUUCGGCUGCCAGGUCUGGAAAGGCAGUCAACUUUGUCGAAGAAGCAAUGCAGAUCGAUUCAGAAAAUGGGGAGGAUGACGAGGAGGACGACGAGGAAUUCGUAGCUCCUGUGAUCAACAGAUUCACAAGACGUGCUUCCGUAUGUGCCGAAGCAUUCAACCCCGACGAGGACAAUGACGACAAGGAGCCCAAGAUCACUCACCCCAAAACAGAUGAGCAAAGGCAAAGACUACAGGAAGCGUGCAAAGACAUCCUUCUGUUCAAGAACUUAGAGGCGGAACAGAUGUCCCAACUUCUGGAUGCCAUGUUUGAGAAGCUUGUAGAGGCUGGGGAACAUAUCAUAGAUCAGGAUGAUGAUGGUGAUAACUUCUACGUCAUUGAAAGGGGGACAUUCAAUAUCUUUGUGAAGGUCGAUGGUGUGGAACUUUCCGUGGGGACAUACGACAACCGGGGGAGUUUUGGGGAACUGGCACUCAUGUACAACACUGGCAGGGCUGCCACCAUCGUGGCUACCUCUGCUGGAGCCCUCUGGUGCCUGGACAGACUUACGUUCAGGAGGAUCAUCGUGAAGAACAACGCCAAGCGGCGGAAGACAUACGAGGCGUUCAUUGAGACUCUUCCGCUCCUCAAGUCCUUGGAGCCGUCGGAGAGAAUGAAGGUUGUUGAUGUGCUGUCCACCAAAGUUUACAGCAGCGGAGAACAGAUCAUUUCUCAGGGAGAUACAGCUGAUUGCUUCUACAUUGUGGAGUCUGGACAAGUUAGAAUAACCAUGAAAAGAAACCAGUCGAAGAAGGACCUUGAAAACGGAGAAGUGGACAUUGCCAAAUGCUCCAGAGGACAGUACUUCGGGGAAUUGGCAUUGGUCACCAACAAGCCUCGAGCCGCCUCAGCAUACGCUGUAGACAACGUGAAAUGCUUAGUGAUGGAUAUCAAGGCCUUUGAGAGGCUCCUGGGCCCCUGCAUGGACAUCAUGAAGAGGAACAUAGCAAACUAUGAGGAGCAGCUAGUCACCUUGUUUGGAAGCCAAACGGACACUGAGGACAAAAACCUAUGAGUGCUGCCGGCACAGACGGAAACGGAGGAACCACCACUAGCAAGAAGGGCGAGCGGUGAACUUCCCGUAACCAAGGAUUCUCCCGUUGUCGUCUUUGGAUGCACAAAAUCCAAAACAAACAAUAAAUAUUUUGAGGCAUUGCAGCCAUAUUAUAUUGGCGCACUUCCAGACGGGAAGUGGGAAUGCUUUAAUGGACGUUCACUGUUGCAAUGAUCUCCUGUGAUUUCCUCCGUGACGUGGCAUCAAAACAGUGUCAAUGCAUCUCCGGAGUGUUACUCUUUUCCACCUAUAGUCAUCAAUUGCUCUGAUUUACCUCACUGAUAUAGUAUUACUACUUAAAUCCACUCCUAUCCAAUACCGACAGUGUUAAAAAAUUGACAAAUACUGUUAAAUCUUGUUAAUGUCCUGUUGAUUCUAUUUUAAUGUGUUUCAUUAAAAAAAGAAGAAAAAAAAAACAACUUUCCUUCACGUAAAACCACAAAGGUAGAUUUAUACAUUUAAUAAGCCAUCUUUGAUGCCACGUGAGACUUAAUAUUCAUUAUAUAACAGCGUAUUACAUAACUUGCUCAUGUAAUUUAAGACAUGCCUUGAGUUAUUUUUCAUGCCUCUAGACUGUUCGGUGCGAUUUUUACUGCCCGUGGCGUACUUGAUGGCUGUGUGACAUAUCACAGUUGCCUAAGACACGACGAGGCUUCCUAUUGUUUCUCUGGCAAAAGUAUGCUUUUGAUAUAAUUACCUCUGUGACUGUUCAAUAUAAAAUUUGGCAUAAUCGCAAAAACAGGAAACGUGCACUUUUUUCCCAUCGCAUUUUAGCUUUAGCGGCAGCUUACACGGUGGACAUUUGCCCAGAGCAUCCAUGCACGCUAUACUUGAAUUUUGAAUUAUCCUUGGUUCAUUUAGUAUGAAUUUUAAGUGAACAUUUAAAAUGUGCUUACAAGGUCCGUGGCUUUACCUCACAGUUAAUUUGCCUUUUCGUAUCAGGUUCUCAUAAAUGUAUGUUUGGUCGAGAAACCGGCAACUCACAUCCAUUUAACACCACCAUGACGAAGUGUAGCAAUCCCCUGAAUAUCAUUUUUGGUUUUCGCUCAUUUACUGGGUUAUUAUUGCCUACCUCUGCGAACUGAUACCAACACCUUUGUUGCUGGCACUGUUCACGCAAACUCCUUUCUGGACAAGCAUCUGUAAUUCAUUGCUUUGUUAUGUAACUAUAUUAUUUAAUGUUUAGAGUGUAGCCUAUUUAAACAGCAUUGUAUGAUUAAUGAUGAUCUUCUUUUUAAAGUUGACUACCCCCAUUUCUAUAUAUGGAAUAUUGUAAAAAUCCCAUGAUUUCAGAUUGUGUUAGCAGCGCUUUCCCCUGUAAUCUUUAAAGGUCUAAAGACUUGAGUGCCGGGAUAUUUUCAAUAUUAUACCGUUUGAUUAUAUUGAAUUUUCAUUACAAU